AUCGAAUCAGUUUCAGUUUCGCCGUUGUAAAGUGAAUAAAGUUAUAUCUCAAGCAAAUUUCAACACAAAAAAAAAAAAAUAAAAUAAAAAUGGACCGUUGGCAAAAUAAAGUAGCUGUAGUAACCGGUGCCAGUUCAGGUAUUGGUGCUGCGGUAGUCAAAGACUUAGUCAAUGCUGGAUUAAUUGUUGUUGGAUUGGCACGUCGCGUACAACGUGUUGAAGAACUUAAAGAACAAGUUGCUAAGGGAAAGAAAGAAAAUCUACAUGCACGUCAAUGUGAUGUUUCCAAUGAGGAUUCAGUGAAUGAAGCAUUUGAUUGGAUUGAAAAGAAUCUGGGUGGAAUUGAUAUUUUAGUCAACAAUGCUGGCAUUUACAAACAAGGAAAUUUAUCUGAAAUUGAUACAAAUUUAGUGCAAGAAGUUCUACAGACCAAUGUCAUGGGUGUGGUAUAUUGUACCAAACGUGCAUUUAAAUCAAUGAAAGAACGUAAUUUCAAUGGACAUGUUUUAAUUAUAAACAGUAUUGUUGGUCAUCAAGUUUUAAAUAGUACCAUACUUAAGGCACCGUCUGGCAAUAUUUACGCACCAUCGAAAUUUGCCGUGACUGCAAUGACAGAAAUUUAUCGACAAGAAUUUAAUAAUCUGGAAACUAAAGUCAAGAUCACUAGUAUUAGCCCUGGAUUAGUUGCAACGGAGAUUGUUCCUGAUCAAUUUAAGGAAAUGAUGUCCGAUCGUAUAUUGCAAUCUGAAGAUAUUUCUAAUGCAGUUUUAUUCGCAAUCUCUACACCUCCCCAUGUGCAAAUUCAUGAGUUAACCAUAAAGCCUGUAGGCGAAAUGUUUUAAUAAAGCAAAAACAAGAAGUAACUAAUUUCAAUUUAAAUAAAAAAUAUUCUAAUAGUUUGUAGUGUUCGUAAAGUGUUCGUUUGUAUGAUUUUUAAAUAAAUU